AAGAUAUUAAGAAAGUGAAUAAUAACAUAGAGAGUUCAAUAAACUUUCUGACAGAAUAAAAGAAAGAUCUUAAAUGGAAGUUAGAAUAGUUAGAAAUACAAGGUGGACUAGACAAAGACUAUAUUACUUUAUGGAAGACAAAAUUGAGGAUCUACAGCGGGGUAUUCGAAAAGCAAACAUAGAAAUUAAAAAUGUGCCUAAAAAACCGCAUGAGGACAAGCAUGAUCUAGUGAAAAUGGUAGUAAAGUUAUCGGAAACUAUAGACUGUCAAAUAAACAAAAACGAUAUUAAAGACAUUUAUCGAGUGCAAGUAAAGUAUAAGAAAGAUAAACACAACACGAAUUUACCAAUAGUUGUAGAGUUAUCGUCUACCAUUCAAAAAACGGAUUUUUUGAAAAUGGCAUUGUCUUUUAAUAUAAGACACAAGGAGAAAUUACGUGCUUAACAUCUAGGUUAUACUACUAUUGAAAAUGUACCUAUUUAUACCACUGAACAGUAGGGAUGCCCAAAAAAAUAAUUU